GAGUCGUUGGUGGCCACCCCACCGGUGCAAAGAUAAAGACGGGGAAGUCCUUGUCUCUGCCCCUCAGUGUCUCUCCCUUCCUGGCCCUCCCUGCCCUGUGGUCAGGCCUGAGAGGGCCCAGGGGUCACAGCCGGCAGCAUCAGGGCUCUGUGAGGUGACAAUGACUGCCUGCCCUCUGACGGCCACAGGCCUUGCCCAGUUGGGAAACAGCUAAGCAGGUUUGACCAGCUGCCCUGGACGUGGCCGGCAGCCCUGUCCUCCGCCCCCCAUUCCGGCUGCCUGAGAAGAUGUUUCCCUUCAAGGUGCGCAAAUGGACGGGGCUGGCUUGCCUCCGGGCCGCGGUGGGCUCCUCACCCAACAUUCGCCAGAAGAAACUAAUCCACAAGCUGCAGGAGGAAAAGGUUUUCCGGGAAGAGAUGAAAAUUUUUCACGAGAAAAUAGAAGACUUCAGGGAGGAGAUGUGGAACUUCCGAGGCAAGAUCCGUGCUUUCCGGGGUCAGAUCGUGGGCUUUUGGGAGGAGGAGAGACCUUUCUGGGAAGAGGAGAAAACCUUCUGGAAAGAGGAAAAAACCUUCUGGGAAAUGGAAAAGUCCUUCCGAGAAGAAGAGAAGACCUUUUGGAUGAAGUACCGUACCUUUUGGAAGGAGGACAAGGCCUUUUGGAAAGAGGACACCGCCUUAUGGGAAAGAGACCGGAACCUUCUUCAGGAGGACAAGGCCUUGUGGGAGGAAGAGAAAGCCCUAUGGGUCGAGGAAAGAGCUCUUCUGGAGGAGGAGAAGGCGCUGUGGGAGGACAAGAAGUCCCUCUGGGAGGAAGAGAACGCCCUCUGGGAGGAGGAGAAGGCAUUCUGGGUGGAAGGCGGUGGCCCUUUUGCUGAGGGGCAGGUCCCUGACAACAGGCCCGGUGUCGUCGACGGGGGGCCGCCGUCACCAGCCUUCCCCCGGGGCAGAGCAUGAGCACACGGGGCCCUGCUGGACGACGUGCAAGUCCAGGGGCGGGAGGAAGAGGCACUUCUCGGUCUCCUUGCUUCAAAGAGCUAAUAAAGUCCCGAGGCGACGUUUGGGAAAACGUCUUCCAAGAG